AUGUCGCAGGCGCCUGAUAGCUUUGCCCUAUCGCAGAUAUUCUUGGGGCUCAAGUCCAAAAAUGCCCAAGAACGGGCUGCUGCUGUGGUGGAAUUGAGAAACCAUUUGGUCACUACUGCAAGAGAAGUGUCAUCUGAACAGUUUACAAGAUAUAACAACGAGAUCAAUAAUAAGAUAUUCGAGUUGAUCCAUGGGAGUGAUCCAUCGGAGAAGGUUGGUGGUAUACUGGCUGUCGAUAUGCUGAUUGAUUUCUUUGGAGGAGAGGAUUUACCAAACCAAACAUCGAGAUUAGCCAACUAUUUGAGAUUUUUAAUCCCUUCAACUGAUGUCGAAAUCAUGAAACUCGCCGCAAAGACCUUGGGUAAAUUAGCUAUUCCUGGUGGUAGUCUGACCUCUGACUUUGUCGAUCAUGAAACCAGAAAUGCCAUUGAGUUACUUCAGACUGAAAAACAAGAGAGCAAAAGACAUGCUGCAGUGUUAAUAAUAGCGGCAAUCGCUGAAAACUCUCCAACAUUAUUCCAUAGCUAUGUCAAUACCAUCUUGGAAAAUAUAUGGUCUGCUUUAAGAGAUUCAAAACUUAUAAUUAGAAUUGAUGCUGCUAAAGCUUUGGAAAAAUGUCUUGAUGUUAUUUAUGAACGUGAUUUAAACUUGAGGAAAAACUGGUUCAACAAAUUGAUUGAGGGUGCAUCUGCAGGUUUUAAAAUGAAUACCAGUGAAGCCAUUCAUGGUUCUUUAUUAGUUUUCAAAGAAUUGGUUAAAAAGGGUGGUAUGUUUAUUCAAGAUAAGUAUGAUGCAAUUUUCGAAACUUCAUUCAAAUUCAGAGAACACAAGUACAACAUCAUUAGACAAGAGGUUACCCACAUCAUACCAUUACUUGCUGCUUAUAAUCCACCAAAGUUUGUUGAAAAAUACCUUCACCGCACACUGCUGUUUUAUCUAUCACAAUUGAAAGAAGAAAAUGAAAAAGCUGCUAUACUAAUAUCCAUUGGUGAUAUUGCAUAUGAAGUUGAAGGUCAAAUCACAACUUAUCUGGACGCAAUUCUGGAUAACAUCAGAGAUGGCUUAAACUCAAAAUCUAGAGCUCGCAGGGACAUUGAACCUGCUAUUUUUUAUUGUAUUAGCAAAUUGGCAUCUGCUGUUGGUCCAGCAUUGACAAAACAUUUACAAAGAGAUAUAUUGGAUAUGCUCCUUUCUUGUUCAUUAAGUGAUCAUAUGAGAGAAUGUUUACUAGUAUUGACACAAAGAAUACCUCCACUUGAACAGACAAUAAACACUAAAACAUUGAACUUACUCAGUUAUUGUCUUUCGGGUUAUUCAUUCAGCCAGCCUGGCUCACCAAAUUCUCAUAAUAUUAUGAAUGCACAAUUAGCAAGGCAAUACAGGGAUGCCACUGCCUCAAGAAACGGAAUCAACAAUGAUGAUUAUAUCAUUGUGCAGGCUUUGAAAAUGCUCAGUUUCUUCAAUUUCAAGAAUGAAUCCCUAUUUGAGUUUGUUAGAUAUUGCACAAUCACAUAUAUUGAACAUGACAACACCGAGGUACGGAAAAUAGCUGCUCUGACUUCUUGUGAUUUGUUUCUGAAAGAUUCAGUAUGCUUUCAAACUUCAAGUUAUUCAUUAAAUGCUGUUUCUGAGGUUUUGGACAAAUUAUUGACUGUUGCAAUCACUGAUCCUGUUCCAGAUAUAAGGCUUGAAGUUUUAAAUUCACUUGGGAAAAACUUUGAUCCACAACUAUCUCAAGCUGAUAAUGUAAGAUUGUUAUUUAUGGCUUUAAACGAUGAAUUUUUUGCUAUACAGAAGGUUGCAAUUCAAAUCAUUGGAAGAUUGUCAUCAAUUAACCCUGCAUACAUUGUUCCAUUUUUGAGAAAAACAUUGAUUCAGUUGUUGACCAAAUUGGAAUACUCAACAGCAUCCAGGAAAAAGGAAGAAAGUGCUAUAUUAUUGUCACUGUUGAUCAGUUCCUCUAAGAAUAUAACCAAACCAUAUGUAAAACCAAUCAUUGAUGUGUUACUUCCUAAAGCUAGAGACAAAAGUGCUUCAGUUGCUGCUAGUGCAAUUGCUGCUUUAGGUGAAUUGACUGUUGUUGGUGGAGAAGACGUAAAACCUUUCAUUUCAGAUUUGAUGCCAUUAAUCUUGGAGACAUUUCAAGAUCAAAGCUCUUCAUUCAAAAGGGAUUCCGCUUUGAAAACGCUGGGUCAAUUAUCUGGAUCUACUGGUUAUGUUAUUCAGCCUUUAUUAGACUAUCCACAAUUGUUGGGAAUAAUUAUCAAUAUUUUGAAGUCAGAAACAUCACCAAACAUUAGAAGAGAGACUGUUAGAUUGUUGGGUAUCCUUGGUGCACUAGACCCUUACAAACAUAAAGAAGUUGAAAGAAGCUCCAAGCAUAUUGUCGUUGAGGGUCCUCCUACAGAUGUUGCCUUAUUGAUGCAAGGUUUGAGUCCAUCUAAUGAAGAAUAUUAUCCAACAGUUGUUAUAAGUACUUUAUUGAAGAUUCUGAAAGAUCCAUCUUUAGCUGCUUACCAUUCAAGCUGCAUUCAAACUAUUGUUUUGAUUUUCAAAACCAUCACAAUAACCUGUAUCAAGUUCACUGGAAGCAUAAUUGAGGCAAUCAUUAGUGUUAUGCAUACAUGCCCUCCAUCAAUGCUUGAAUUUUAUUUCCAACAAAUAAGUGCAUUGAUAAGUAUUGUGAAACAGCAUAUUAGACCAUUUUUACCAGAAGUUUUUGACACCAUCAAAGAAUAUUUCCAUCUGGCAAAUCUGCAAGUCACAAUCAUAUCACUGAUUGAAUCCAUCGCUAAAGCGCUAGAUGGCGAGUUUAAGACACAUAUACCUUCUGUCCUGCCACUAUUACUUGAUGCUCUUGGUAACGAUAAGACUACUAAUGUCUCGUUGAGAAUUUUGAAAGCUUUUGUUGUUUUUGGUGGAAGUAUUGAAGAAUAUAUUCAUCUCAUCAUCCCAAAUGUGGUUCACCUUUUUGAGUAUGGUCCACAAAAUGUGAGAAAAGCUGCAAUUAUCACUGUGGGUAAAAUUUCAAGAAAUGUUAAUUUGAAUGAUAUAUCAUCAAGAAUUGUGCAUACUUUGUUAAGAGUACUCAGUACUCGUAAUGAUGAGCUAGUGAAGGCAUCGAUGAAUACAUUAAGCUUGUUAUUGUUACAAGUGAGCAAUGAAUUCAUUGUGUUUAUUCCUAGUAUUACCAAAGUGCUUUUUAAAUACAAUAUUGAAUCUCCUGUUUAUGAUCAGUUGGUGAAUAAACUAUUAAAUGAUGAACCUUUGCCACAGAAUCUGAUAUUGGAUAAGGAACCAGAGAGCGGUGACGGUAGUGAUAUUGUUGAAUUACCAUCAAAGAAGCUUCCGGUUAACCAGCAAAUUUUGAAAAAUGCAUGGCAGUGCAGCCAAUGUCGUACCAAAGAAGAUUGGCAGGAAUGGAGCAGAAGAUUGAGUGUUCAGUUGUUGAAGGAGUCCCCAUCACAUGCGUUGAGAGCUUGCUCGGCCUUGGCAGGUAGUUAUUAUCCUUUAGCUAAAGAUUUAUUUAAUGCCAGUUUUGCAAGUUGCUGGAGUGAACUUUACACACAACACCAAGAAGAAUUGGUCCAAUCAUUAUGUAUGGCAUUAUCAUCGCCAAACAAUCCACCAGAAAUUUAUCAAACACUUUUGAAUUUAGCUGAGUUUAUGGAACAUGAUGAUACAGCUUUACCAAUUCAUAUUUCAACAUUGGGUCAAUAUGCUCAAAGAUGUCAUGCUUACGCAAAAGCUUUGCAUUAUAAGGAACUUGAAUUUAGUCAGGAACCUUCAACUCCAACAAUCGAGUCAUUAAUAAGUAUCAAUAAUCAAUUGCAACAAUCAGACGCGGCUAUUGGUAUCUUGAAACAUGCUCAGCAACAUCAUGAUUUACAACUUAAAGAGACUUGGUUUGAAAAAUUGCAAAGAUGGGAAGAUGCAUUGAAGGCUUAUAAUGAAAGGGAAGUUGAUACCAUUGAUACUACUAUGGGUAAAAUGCGUUGUUUGCAUGCUUUGGGUGAAUGGGAUCAAUUAUCACAAUUGGCUCAAGAAAAAUGGACAAACUCAUCAACUGAUAUCAAGAGAACUGUUGCACCAUUAGCUGCCGCUGCUGCUUGGGGUUUGGGUAACUGGGAAAGAAUGGAUACAUAUAUCACUGUCAUGAAACCAGAAUCACCAGACAGAUCUUUUUUCAAUGCUAUUUUGUGCUUGCAUAGAAACAAUUUCGGAGAAGCGUCAUCGCAUAUUUCUAAAGCUAGAGAUUUAUUGGUAACUGAGAUUACGGCAUUAGUCAGUGAGAGUUAUAGCAGAGCUUAUGGUGUCGUUGUUAGAGUUCAAAUGUUGGCUGAAUUGGAAGAAAUAAUCAAAUAUAAAAAUUUGCCACAGCAUUCUGAUGCUCGUGCUGUCAUGAGGAAAACAUGGAAUGCUCGUUUAUUGGGUUGUCAAAGAAAUGUUGAUAUCUGGCAAAGGUUAUUGAAGGUUCGUGCAUUAGUUGUGAAACCAAAACAAGAUAUGGACGUUUGGAUCAAAUUUGCAAACUUGUGCAGAAAGUCGGGAAGAUUAGGUCUGGCUGAAAAGUCAUUGAACUCAUUACUUGAAGAAGGUGACGAUCCGAAUACAUCUAGAGCACCUCCACAAGUUGUUUAUGCUCAACUGAAAUACAUGUGGGCCACGGGUUCUCAAAGAGAGGCAUUGAGUCAUUUGAUUGAUUUCACUUCAAGAAUGUCCCAUGAUUUAGGGUUGAAUCCAGAUGAUUUGAUCACACAACCUUUACCAACACAUACAACCAUCAAGAAUGUUCAAGAAUAUACUAGAUUAUUGGCAAGAUGUUUCCUGAAACAAGGUGAAUGGCAAGUUGCAUUACAGCCAAACUGGAGGACUGAAAACUCAGAAACCAUUCUUGGUUCAUACUUGCUUGCAACACACUUUGACAGUAAAUGGUAUAAGGCAUGGCAUAACUGGGCAUUGGCUAAUUUUGAAGUGAUUUCUUUGCUGACUUCCAAAUCUGCCAUCAAUCAAAAUGAUGAAAAUGAAAAUGCUUAUACUCAAGAAUUAAUUCAGCAACAUGUUGUUCCAGCUAUAAGAGGGUUCUUCCACUCUAUUUCAUUAUCGGAAUCCAAUCCAUUACAAGACACAUUGAGAUUAUUGACGUUGUGGUUUACAUUUGGUGGUCUGCCAGAAGCAGCUCAAGCUAUGUCCGAAGGUUUCAGUAUGGUGAAGAUUGAUACUUGGUUAGAAAUCAUUCCUCAAUUGAUUUCCAGAAUCCACCAACCAAAUCAGACUGUUAGCCGCUCAUUACACGGUUUGUUGUCUGACUUAGGUAAAGCACAUCCACAAGCUUUGGUUUAUCCAUUAACUGUUUCCGUUAAAUCUGAUAGUGUUUCGAGACAACGUGCUGCUUCAACUAUCCUUGAUAAGAUGAGAAUUCAUAGCCCAACAUUAGUUGGCCAAUCAGAACUUGUGAGUGAUGAACUUAUUAGAGUUGCUGUUUUGUGGCAUGAACUGUGGUAUGAAGGGCUGGAAGAUGCUUCAAGACUUUUCUUUGGUGAACACAAUGUUGACAAAAUGUUUGCUGUUCUUGAUCCAUUGCAUAAAAUGAUGGAAAAGGGGCCAGAAACCCUGCGUGAAGUUUCAUUCCAGAACACAUUUGGUAGAGAUUUGAGUCAUGCAUAUGAAUGGGUUCUGAGUUAUCGUCGCACAAAAGACAUCUCCAAGCUGAACCAGGCAUGGGAUAUCUAUUAUAAUGUUUUCCGUCGUAUCAAUAGACAGCUGCCUCAACUGCAAACUCUUGAACUACAAUAUGUUUCUCCUAAAUUAUUGGCUGCUAAAGAUUUAGAAUUGGCUAUUCCUGGUACUUAUAGACCCGGGAAACCAAUUGUGAGUAUUCUGAGCUUUGAACCUUCUUUGACAGUUAUUUCCUCCAAACAGAGACCACGUCGUUUUGGUAUUAAAGGAAGUGAUGGUAAGGAAUACUUCUAUUUGUUGAAAGGUCAUGAAGAUAUUCGUCAAGAUAGUUUAGUUAUGCAACUAUUUGGUUUGGUUAACACACUUUUGGUUAAUGACCCUGAAUGUUUCAAGAGACAUUUAGACAUUCAAAGAUUCCCAGCAAUUCCAUUAUCUCCAAAAACAGGUUUAUUAGGGUGGGUUCCAAACAGUGAUACUUUCCAUGUCUUAAUCAGGGAGUAUCGUGAAUCAAGAAACAUUAUCUUGAAUAUUGAGCAUCGUAUCAUGUUGCAAAUGGCUCCAGAUUACGAUAAUUUAACACUGUUGCAAAAAGUUGAAGUUUUCACAUAUGCUCUGGAUAAUACUAGAGGUCAAGAUCUUUACAAAGUUUUGUGGUUGAAGAGUAGGUCUUCAGAAUCAUGGUUAGAUAGAAGAACAACCUACACUAGAUCCUUGGCUGUGAUGUCAAUGGUUGGGUAUAUCCUAGGUUUAGGUGAUCGUCAUCCUUCCAACUUGAUGUUGGACAGAAUUACAGGUAAAGUUGUUCAUAUUGAUUUUGGUGAUUGUUUUGAAGCUGCUAUUUUGCGUGAGAAAUAUCCUGAAAAGGUGCCAUUUAGAUUAACAAGAAUGCUUACAUAUGCUAUGGAAGUCAGUGGUAUUGAAGGUACAUUCAGAAUCACCUGUGAACAUGUUAUGAGAGUGUUGCGUGAUAAUAAAGAAUCAUUGAUGGCCAUUUUAGAAGCAUUUGCUUACGAUCCAUUGAUUAAUUGGGGAUUUGAUUUACCUACACAAGCUAUUGCUGAUGCCACUGGUAUUAAAUUUCAACUUGUUAAUACUGCUGAAUUAUUACGCAGGGGUCAAAUUGAUGAACAAGAAGCUGCAAAAUUGGAAGUUCAACAAAAGAUUGAAAUUAGAAACGCAAGAGCAUCAUUGGUGUUGAAAAGAAUCACUGAUAAGUUGACUGGUAAUGAUUUCCGUCGUUUCAAUGAAUUGAAUGUGUCAAGCCAGGUUGAUAAAUUGAUUCAACAAGCAACAUCUGUUGAAAACUUGUGUCAACAUUAUAUUGGUUGGUGCUCUUUCUGGUGA